AUGAUCAUUUUGUGGCGAAUUUUUAGUGAUUCUGUUAUAUCACUUCGAUUGAGUGCAGAUGAACAAAUGUUAUAUUCUGGUAGUCUUGAUAAAGAUUGUAUUUGGUGGAGUUUACCAACCAGACAAAUACGUUUUAAAAAUUCAUUUCCAAAUCCAAUAACGAAUAUGCUUCUUGCAAAAUUUGAUACUAAUGAUGCUAAUAAAGGAUCAAAUAUUUCUACUCCAUUUACUACAUUUUCGAGUGAAGCAGCUGGAGAAGUUGUAGCAUAUACUCUUGCGUCUCGAAAUGGUCAUAGUCGAAGACCAACGAAUAAUGAUGAUUUUAUUAAAUUUAUGCCUAUGCCACCAGUUGAUAGUGAAGCAGACGAACGAGCAACUAUGACAGCGCCAACAUUUGCGCAAAUGGCUCGGCUGUUACUUGAGCAACAGAUGAAUUCGUCUGGUUUAUAA